GGUAAAUUAUCUUAUAGAUUAUGUGAGGUGGUGAGUAUGUUUUACGGAAUGUCCCCAGGGAACGUAUCAUAGCAAGGUUUCGGUAAGUUAUUUUGGAUUCACAUUCGAAUCUGAUUGCAAGACAGGUAAAAAGGCCGUAUUCCGCCACAGCCUUUCCACGUGUGAAGACGCAGGUGCGUUCGGAGCAGUGGUAUCCAGUCCAAUGCAAGUCGCUUCCGCUUGGGCUCCCUGUGCCAUGCAGGGGGCCAAGUGUGUUUGUUUUGCUUGCCAUCACGUGUGCGCUUGGAUUCCAUAGGGAACAAGUAUCGUACGGUUCAUGCCUCCUGCUGCGCCGUGAAAGAAUGGACCUCGUAGGAGACACCGCUCAUAACACGCUAUGCCUAACGUACCGAUCGUGGCGGCUCCCACGUUGAGAUUCCCCCCUUCACUGGCUUGGUUUCUAGUUGUUAUGAGAGUUCUGUGCGUGAUUCGAAUAUAAAAUAAUUUCGAUUAAUAUUAAAAUUGUAACGAUAAUUUAACGAAGAAAUGUUAUUGUGGCUUGCUGAUUUGCUGUUAUGAUCAUCAUUAUGUCUGCACUUUCAGAUGCCAUGUUCCUCACAGUAUCUGUGGUGGUAGUUCAGCUAUUUACACACUGUAUUUAUAUUUUGUAUAUAAAUACUCAUAUCAAAAAGUAUUUAUGAAGAGUAUUUAAAUACCCCUUUCAACAAAGUAUUUUGCAUUUAUAUUUAAAUACUAAAAAAAUGUAUUUAUGCCCAUCCCUGGAGUGUGCCACAAGUCGCGCUAGGGGAUUCGCUUGUGGCGCCCCCCUAUAGGUGCUACAUGGGGUGUAUGCCCCUCCACCAAACAGCCCUUUCCCAUGCUUCAACUCAUGCAUCAUUGUCUGUGGCGGUACCCCAACUUUUCGUUACUGGCGAUAGCACACACCUCUAGGUGCAAUAUAGUUAAACUAUGUUCGGAAAAAGAACAGAGGUGGUCGUCAUGCGACUCGAAGCCUCACAAUAUGGCUUACUUCUCCCCCAUUUUGUUUUACAUUUAGGAGUGACAGCAGGGACGUGUCACGUGAAAGAAGAACCUCGAAAGGAAUCUUCGAGGGAACAUCCAAUCAUGGAAGUGAAAACAGAGCCUCACACUAUUGCAAUCUCGUCAGAACAGGACCAAAUGGGACACAGCCGUCAAUCAACAUCAGAAGGAGUGACAGCUGGGACGUGCCAUGUCAAAGAAGAACCUCUAGAGGAAUCUCGAAGCAAUGAAGAUCCUAUCGUAGAAGUUAAGACAGAGCCUUACAACCUGGAAAUCUUGACUGGACAGGACCAAAUGCGACACAACUGUGAUUCCACAUCAGAAGGAGCAAGAGAAACCGCUGCUUUGCUCCACGUGAACGACCAGCCCAGAGGCACUUGUGAUCACGAACCUUCAGGAUGUACUCCUUCAAAGGCACAGUUCGAGAUCGGCAGAAUAACGGUUGAACCACAAUUCGACAACACUCCACUAGUCACUACGAGCGAUCGACCCACUGGGCGUCUUCCAGGCCAGAGCAAGCUAUGUGCACUUGCAUGCACGUCGAAAGAGAGCCCGAGACACCACAUGUGUGCAGAGUGUCACAAUGAGUGUGAAAUGUGUCCAGCUACUCCGCCGGAUGUUGAGAUGGGAGAUGAGGGCUUUAAGUACGACGUCUGUCCCCCUACAAUCUCGCGAUCUGUGAGCGACGAGAGCCACGUGUCAAAGUGUACUGACGAGACGUCAUGCAAAUCUGAUCUUUGUUCUGCUCAGUUCCACCAGAACAGGAGGCUGUGUUGUCACAGUCAAAUGCUUAUGGGCGAGAAGACGCACAAGAGUAAUCUCUGUCCUGCAAAAUUCAGCGGGAUUGCGCACCUGCGGCUUCACAAUCAAGCACACACUGGCAAAAAGCCAUACAAGUGCGAUAUCUGCCCUGCGGAGUUCAAACGGAAUUCUCACCUGCUGAAUCACAAGCGCACACACACGGGCGAGAAACCUUACAAGUGUGAAGUCUGCCCUGCGGAGUUCAGUCAGAGUGGGAAACUGCAGCGGCACAAGCGAACACACACGGGUGAAAAGCCAUACAAGUGCGAUGUCUGCCAUGCUGAGUUCAGGCAGAGCGGGAAUCUACAGCAGCACAAGCGAACACACACGGGCGAGAAGCCAUACAAGUGCAAUGUCUGCCAUGCUGAGUUCAGCCGGAGUGCGACGCUACAUCAUCACACGCGGACACACACAGGCGAGAAGCCAUACAAGUGCGACGUCUGCCCUGCGGAGUUUAGCCGGAGUGGGAACCUACAGCAGCACAAGUGGACACACACAGGCGAGAAGCCAUACAAGUGCGAUGUCUGCCCUGCCGAGUUCAGCCACAGCGCGACGCUACACCGUCACAAGCGGACACACACGGGUGAGAAGCCAUUCAAGUGUGAUGUCUGCUUUGCAGAGUUCAGCCAGAGCGGAAACCUACAGCAGCACAAGCGGACACACACCGGCGAGAAGCCAUACAAGUGCGAUGUCUGUCCUGCGGAGUUCAAUUACAGAGGACACCUACAGUGUCACAAGCGGACACACACGGGCGAGAAGCCAUACAAGUGCGAUGUCUGCCUUGCUGAGUUCCGUUACAGAGGGUGCCUACAGCGGCACAAGCGGACACACACGGGGGAGAAGCCAUACAAGUGCGAUGUCUGCCGUGCGGAGUUCAGUCAGAGAGUGUGCCUACAGCAGCACAAGCGGACGCACACGGGCGAGAAGCCAUACAAGUGCGAUGUCUGCCCUGCGAAGUUCAACCAGAGCAGUAACCUACGACAGCACAAACGGAUACACACGGGUGAGCUGUACAAGUGCGAUCUCUGUCCUGCAGAAUUCGUCCAUAGCUCGAGCCUGUCAUAUCACAAGCUGACACACAGACGCGAGAAGCCCCACAAGUGCGAUCUCUGAAGGGACAGCUUAGAGAGUCGUAAGCGGACACACACAGGGAAGAAGCCAUGCAAGUGCGAUGUCUCCCUUGAGGUCUUCAGCGAGAACGUGACCCCACAGCAUCACAAACGAACACACAUGGGCGAGAAGCCAGACAAAUGUGAUGUUCGCCGCACAGAGUUCAGACGGAGUCAUGACCUACAAGGUCACAAGUGGACACAUAUGGGCGAAAGGCCAUACAUGUGUGAGCUAUGCCCUGCGGAGUUCAGUCAGAGAAGGAACCUAUAACAGCAUAAACGCACGCACACGUGUGGGCAAAAAGCCAUACAAGUGAGAUGUGUGCCCAGUGGUUCAGCCUGAGUGGGCACCUGCAGCAUCACAAGCGAACACACACGGGCAAGAAACCAUUGCACGAGCCUAUCGUAUCUAUAUCUAGGCAUUUUGAGCCACGGAAGUCACGAUCACAAUAGUCUUAUAAGUAAGGCCAUCGCUCAGCCGCAGGCUACAAACUUACCUGAAAGUCGACAUGGAAUAUCGCUGAGCUCGAUGCCACAUAUUAGCACACUCAAAGGUUAACAUCACACGUGUGACCAAAGCAAGAGUUAGUUUGCGGAUUUUUGCUCACAAGUGUGAUGUUAUAUGAUGAGUGCGCUAUACGGCAUGAUCGAGCUAUGCCUAGCUAUUGAGCCAUGUGGACAUACAUGUUAGCCGCACAUGCCUCAGCUUACAGCCUAUCAGAUGAUUGUUAUCGUGAGUUCCAUAGCUCCAAAUGCAGAGCUAUGGUCCUAUCACAAAAGGGAUACACACGAGUGAGAAGCCACACAAAUGUGAUCUCUGCCAUUCCAUGUUCAAUAAAAGCACACAGGCUGGAGAAUCACAAGUGGAGA